AUGGGCUUCGCAAAAGGUGAAUCUAAAUUUCGAGGAGUUUCACGGAACUCGGAUUUUAAGAAAUGGCAAGCGAGAUUGGGAAAAAGCGCGGGUUUGAAAUCUUUGUAUCUUGGAUCGUUUGAUACUGAAGAAGAAGCUGCAAGAGCUUAUGACAUAGCAUAUAUAAGGCUGGAAGGCCGCAAGGCAAUGACCAACUAUGAUUUAAACCAGUAUAACAUCCAACGAAUUCUCCAAUGCCGGAUGAUUCCAAUUGGCAAAGGUGCUUCCAAGUUGAUAAGAACUUGCACUGUUGAGGAAAUUCUUUCCGAUGGAGGAAAAUCCGAGAAACUUGAACGUAAGGAUUUAGAAGAUACAAUUCCUGGAGAUGGUGAUCAGAGCUCUAAUGACAGGCCUUUUAAUGAUGAUCCAGAAUUGGGAUUUUCUAGUCUUGGGAAUUCAUCUCCUGAGGAAUGUUCUAAAACAUCUGUUAGAGAUCAGAUUAACCGGUAUGACCCUGAUUCUUCCUUGUUUCAAAGCCAUCAAAACCCUAAUUUUCAUCCUGGUUAUGGUGGUCAAGACCCAGAUAAGCCCUUCUUCACUCAUGGGUUUUACAACCCUGAUAUCCCAACAAAACCUGUUGAUGAGGUUGGAUUUUCUGGGAAUCCAAACACAUACCUUGAUUUCCAAGAAAACUCGCAUCUUUUUGAUGGCUUCUCUAGCACCAAAGUAACUGGAAACGGAUUUUCCAAAAAUUCAAACAACACCUGCAAUGAAGAUUCCUCAACUGGAGCUGAGAUAGAUUUUCAACAGAUGGGUAAUGAAAAUUUACCCGACAAAAGAAAGAGUAUAGUGAGAAACUCACCAUUUAAGAGAUCAAAAACUGAAGGACCAGCUGAUUCGGACGAUGAGAUGAAGAUGCCCCCAGGUUGGCUGGACAUGAACUCCAUCCACUCAAGCUCUUCUAACUCUGAUCAAUGA